AUGAUCGAUUUGAGGAUUUAUUUUUUAAUGAUAUUAUCGGUGAGUUGCGUAAUCUCGUUGAAUCAAAAAUACGAAGAAGGUUCGAAGGAAACAAAUUUGAAUAACGAAUCGAAAAGAAAUCCAUGGUACCAUGUGAAAACAGAUCCGAUAAAUUCGGAACCGUCGGAUUUGAUUUUUAUAAAGAAGAUACCGAGGGAGGAUAAAAAUGUUAAAAAGAUAUUAUCACCGCCGUUUAAAACUCUACCGGAAAAGGAUAAUACAAGGUAUUUUUUCAACAGUGGGAAAAAAGAAAAUACGUCGGAACGUUCGAACAUUCGAAAUCGUAGAUCGAACACGUUGAAGAUCACCGUUCCAAAAUUAUUUUCCACUCUGGAGGAUCGCGGAGGAUCCAAAAUGGCGGCGGCCUCGACAGCGACAGUAGCAACAGCUGCUGCAUCCGAACAACACGUUGCCGAUCGAAAUGAUCCGUUUGGAAGAAAUAAAAAUCCUUACAGAUUCGGCGACGAAAUAUUUACUGCCGACGAAACCGCCGACAUAUCUGAAAAAUAUAAAAACAAAGAUGAAAAUUGCGAAAAGAUAAUACGCGAUUCAAUGGUUUGUAUGCUUUGCAAGGAUAUUAAAAGUAAAGCGAAGUACGAACAAUGUUCUUACGUAUCGCAACCGAAUGAAAAGUCUUACGCAUAUACGAAGUCAAGGUCGUUUGGAAAGGCUCGCGACGAAAACGAAAAAAACGACGACAAUAAUGGCGGACGUUCGGCUGAAAAUAGGAAGAUCGUUCCGGUAGAAGAAAAGCAUUACGAGCCAUCGUAUCCAAGUGAAAGGUACGAAGGAUCACGGGUGAAAGCAUCGAACGAUGACGAAACUGGAAUCGAAAGAUAUGGAAAGAAAAAGAAGGAGAAGGAAGGAGAGGAGGAAAGAGAAGAAAAAGAAGAAGGAUACGACGACGAAGAAGAAAAAGGGUCAUCCUCGACCGAUUGUAAAAAAAUCGAGAGAGAUGGUAAAACUUGUACGGUAUGUAAGGAUCCAAAAACCGGUGGAAAUUACGAGAAAUGUUCAUACGCUUAUCAACCGAUGGACAAAAUAUACAAAUUCAGUAGAUCGAAGUCGUUCGGUUAUCCCGAAAAUUUGUCGAAGGGAAUUAAAAAGGUUGAGGUUUCUACGAUCGAAAAUUAUCCGCGAGAAUCGAGAUACACGGAUUAUUCCAAGGAUUAUACUUUACCGUUCGAAGAGAGUAAAAAAAAUAAUUUCGAAAAGAAAUCUAUACCGUCGAAGGUUGAAAAUGAAUCGUACGAUUCGUAUAUACCUGAUCAUUACAAGAGCCCGUCCGAGUACAAAUCCGAAUCGGAAAAAAAUUCUGAAAGAAUCGAUCGAUCGAAUUGCAAAGUAAUCGAGAAGGAUUCGAUGACGUGUAAGAUAUGCAAGGAUCCUAAAACUGGUGAUAAUUUCGAACAAUGUUCUUACAGUUACAAACCUAAGGACAAGGUGUACGCUUAUACCAAAGGUAAAUCUUUUGGUAGCCCAACGAAAUCCGAUAACGAUGACGAAAAAAACGAAUCGAGUGAUAUUUACGACGUACAGGAGAACGUAAAGGAGACGAAAGUUCAAAGGCCCUACGAUAAAUUUUACGAUAAGAUAUACGAUAAGGUCUACGAUAAGAACGACGAUUACGACGAUAAACGAGUAUUAGAUUCGUCGGGAAAUUCGAAAAGUUUGGUAUACGCGCCAACUUCGAACGUUGAUCGUGAUGACUCGUCGUCGAUCGACGUAAUCGCCGGAAAAAAAUUAAUUAACGAGGGCGAUGGUUAUUUCGACGAUAGUAAAAGGAAAAAGGAAGAGAUCGAAAAAUUCUUGAAAGAGUUUCAAAAGGAGGAUCGUUCGAAUUGCAAAAAGGUUAUGAAAGACAAUAUGACUUGUUACAGGUGCAAGGACGAUAAAGAUAUUCGUAAGGAGGAAUGCAUGUUCGUCGGUGAUCAAGAUGUAAAAGAAAAUAAUAACGAUCGAUUAACGUAUAGAGAGGUUAAACAAUUCAAGCUUCCCGAAAUAAAAUCAUCGGGUUCGUCCUUGAAUAAACGUAAUUCGAAUAAUAAAAUAAUCGUCGAUUCCGACAUCUUAGAGCCAAUAGCAUCGGCGAGUGAAGAUUCUUAUGCGAGGACAAUAACUUCCGAUGACGACGUUGAGAAAACAACGGAGGAAGAACAAUUACACGAGGUUGAACCUUACGAAUACGUUGCCGAAACUCGACCGAUUUAUGACAAAAAGCUUGGAUUAAUAUUACCAGCUUUUAUGUUAACUAAAUCCGAACACGAGCGAGAAUUCGACGAUAUGGUUGCAUCAAGUAGAAUCUAA